GAUGCAUGGAACACGUAUCUUCUCUGUAAGAGGCAACCGACAGACCGUUGGACCAUCAUGCGGCCUUGUUGGAUACCAAGUUUAGCCAAUCCAAGUCUUGGCCCUGCGGAUCAGAAGGUGUUCGACAAUGGUACACGCGAGCCAUAUCCGUCAUGGCGAAACGUCAACCGGGUAUUCAUCCUAAAAAACAUACCAAAUGCUCAUUGGGUGACUAGGGAGCUCGAACUAAGGUCAUGGCGUUUGACUAUAUACGAUACUUGUCUGUCAGAGAUGUUCAGGCAACAAAUCAAUGGUAUCACCCUUGUGUUGAAGAAGUUCCUCCCCAAAUUCCUAUUCGAAAUAGGAUAUUAUCUAGGGGCCAAGGAGCAAAUUAGACCGCCGAAUGUAAGAGUAUUUUAUUCAAAAGACGCGCCUCGACAGUGUGGAGUACUCGGCGAUUGUGGGAUGUUCUAUUGCAUGUUUGUUGAGCAGUUGUCCGAAGGACAAGAGGUAAAUUGUGAGACGCCAACUGACCUUCAUUCAAUGAUAUUUCGUUCACGUAUGGCAUCUAUCUUGUAUCCAACGCGUGUAACUUAGGUGCAAUAAAAAGUUUAUUUGUUGUAAAUGACAUUGUUUGCACUAUUUUUUUAAAUGGUCUUCGCUAAUA